AUGGUCCAAACAGUGACAUGGAAGGAUGUUGAGCAGCAGGGCAAUCCAUUAUUAUCUCCUGCUGUAAAGAGCAAUGGACAUGUGUUCACAUCUGGAUGUUUAGGCACCGACAAAAAUGGAAAGAUUCCAGAGAGUCUAGUUGAACAGACUGAAAAUGCAAUUAGGAAUUUACAAAAAGUUUUGGAGACAAGUGGUUCAUCGUUAGACAAGGUCCUGAAGGUUUUAUUAUUUAUCAGUGACGCCUCCUUUGUAGGCGAAGUGAACAAGGUUUAUGGUAAAUAUUUCAAGAGCAAGCCAAGUCGUUCCUGUGUUGUUGUUGGAUUCCCAAACAAGGCUGUUAAAGUCGAAAUUGAAUGUGUGGCCGAAUUCCUACCAUUAUCAGCAAAGUUAUAG